AUGUCUAAAACUCGGAAAGAUCUGAAGUGCCCUGUGUUUGGUGAUCUCACAAAACUAAGUGAUAAUAUGUUACCGACAUAUUGCGAUGUGAUCAAACACUACUUGUGGAUAGGAAACGAUAUGCUCGAGCUCAACAAUGGAAAAGAUCCUUCAGUCAAAAAUUUAUGUGAAAUGAUUGCUACUAACAUCGAACAAAUUUUGAACAAUCAUCCAUUCCGACCAUCAACAAGUCGUUGCAAGGGAAGCAAGGAAACGAAAGAAUCCGUUUGUAGUCCAAGUACUUCGUCUACCCAAAUGACAGUUUCAACAUCUGGUAGUUCUUUAACUGAUAUAUUAGGUGAGGAUGAGAUUCGCAUCAUAGAAACGCCACGUCGAUCUGGCAAAGAAACUCAACAAAUGAGAGCACAUCGGAAAACUAUUACUGAGGAGCAUAUUUUUCUCUUGUCAGAGCCAGAUUCGGUCAUCUCUCUAUUGAUUCUGGAAAAGCAAAUUACGAUUGAAAAAAGCAUUGUUGAUUUUCUUGAAAUGAAAUUUGAAUUUCGUUCUUCCUUGGUGGCAAUUGGAUGCGAUGGCACAGCGGUAAACACGGGACACAAAAAUGGAGUCAUUGUUUUACUAGAAAAACACCUGAAACGACCUUUGCAAGGGUUUGUGUGCCUGUUACACGCAAAUGAAUUACCGUUUCGCCAUUUGUUCUCCAGUCUCGACGAAUUGCCAGACCUGAAUACUGAUUUGCUAAGCACCGAUCAAAAAUAUCUAUCAGAUGUGCUCCGCAAGUUCUACUGGUACGAAUAUAUAUUGCUAGCUAUAUUACAAGAUGAUGCAGAACACAUAAGAGAACUGGCUCUUCAGAGAAUUUUAAAAGCAAAAAAAGAGAAAAAAGUUCGUGAAUUCAAACUUCCAGAGCUUAAGAUCGAUGCAUCAAGCUAUUAUGUGUUAAUAGAUUGGGCGGUAGAAAAAAUAACAGAACCUCCACUGACAAUGAAAUAUAGUGACAUAGAAAUUUCGAAUGACAUUUCUUCAAAAUGUCUUCUUGAAAUUGAAAAGUAUCCUUGCCACACUCAGGCAGUAGAAAGGUGCGUCAAGCUCGUGACAGAGGCUUCAAUAUCUGUUUGUGGACCAGAAGCUAGAGAUGGAUUUAUUCGAACCAGAAUAAAAGCCAGGCAAGAUAUACAAAUUUUUAACACCAAAUUUCAGUAUUUUGGUAAAAAAGAAGGUGCGGAGAUUUUGGAAUUACGACAUUAG